AUGCCAACAUUAAAAAGGUUAGCCGAAACGCGUUGGUCUGCUCAUCAUGAUGCUGUGAAUGCCUUACAGAAAGGGUAUACCACUAUCAAAGAAGUCCUUGCAAAUAUUAAAGGGGAGGUCUGUUUACAAGCAAAGGGCCUAAGCAGUGUUAUGGAUCAGCUGGAAACAGGAAUAAUGAUAGAAACAUGGUCUGUUAUUUUACCCAGGUUUCACAGAACCAGUCAGAGUCUCCAAGAUGCAAAAUUAGAUGUACAUACAGCAACAGGCAUGCUGAAAUCUCUGAAGGAUUUUGUUCAGUCUCUGCAUUCUAGAUUCUCUGAAUUUGAACAGCAGGGCAAAGAUAUUACCUGCUGCAAGGAGUACCAGCUACAACGUGGAAGGAAAAUUAAAGGAAAUAAGAAGUGGGACUAUGGUGAUGCAGAAGAUGCUGAUGCUAAUAUAACACCAUCUGAAAAGUGA